AUGAUGGGCUCCUCGGGCUCCGGCAAUGGCUCCCGCCACCUCGACCCGGGCCGCGUCCACGAGCUCGUCAUGCGCCGCAAGCCGUACGACCUCCUCCACUACCUGAAUUCCAUACCCGGGGCGUCCGAGGACCCGCACUGCCGCCAGAUCAAAUACGUCGCGGAGACUCUCCUGCUGCUCAUGCGAAGAGGUUUGGUUCCCGGAGACAAGACGCUGAUCGUGGAUUGGGCCCGAAACGCAUGGCUGAACGCGACCCAAAGCAGACUUUUUUCAUCCCAGAUGGUUGGUGGUGGUCCAUCCAAUUUUACUUCAGAUGCAGGUUAUAAUAUGCAUCCACACAAUUCAAGUUCAUAUUCUGGAAGGAUGUUGACCAAUGAACCUGGCAGUAAUGACUUCAGACAUGCUGCAAUGCAUAAUCAAUUAUCUGCUUCUAACCCAAGGAAUCAUACUGCAACAUUUCCUCCACAGCAAGCAAACUCAACUGAUGCAUAUGUUCCAUUGCGGAAUAAUUCUAAGCUUGGUCAUGAUAUGCACCCACACAAUUCAAGUUCAUAUUCUGGAAGGAUGUCGACCAACGAACCUGGGCUCAGAGAUACUGCAACGCAUAAUCAAUUAUCUGCUUCUUACUCACGGAAUCAUACUGCAACAUUUCCUCAACUGCAAUUAAACUCGAAUGAUGUGAUGCUUGAUGAAACAUUUGCCUUUAACCCUGGAACUCAUGCUUCAGCAUAUGUUCCAUCAGGGGGUUAUUACACACUUGGUCAUAAGAUGCACCCACAAAAUUCAAAUUCAAAUUCUGGAAGGAUGUUGACUAACAAACCUGGUAGUAAUGGGCUCAGAGAUACUGCAACGCAUAAUCAAUUAUCUGCUUCUUACUCACAGAAUCAUACUGCAACAUUUCCUCAACUGCAAUUAAACUCGAAUGAUGUGAUUCUUGAUGAAACAUCUACCUUUAACCCUGGAACUCAUGCUUCAGAAUAUGUUCCAUCACGAGGUUAUUAUACACUUGGUCAUAAUAUGCACCCACACAAUUCAAGUUCAUAUUCUGAAAGGAUGUUGACCAACGAACCUUGUAGUAAUGAGGUCAGAGAUGCUGCAAUGCAUAAUCAGUUAUCUGCUUCUAACUCAAGGAAUUAUACUGCAACUUUUCCUCCAGUGCAGGCAAACUCGAAUGAUGUGCCGCUUGAUGAAACAUCUGCUUUUAACUCCGGAACUCAUGCUUCAGCAUAUGUUCCAUUGCGGGAUAAUCCUACACUUGCACAAGCAUUCAAUGAACUCUUGGAUAAUAUUUUUUCGCCACAAAAGCAUGGUACACGGACGGUCGGACCACUAUGGCCGUGCCACCCUGGGUCAGAGCAGAAAAGAAAAGUGCUGCCCACAGUAGAUAUCAAAGGAAAGAGACCUGCAUCGAUGAAGGUGACGACGCUGAGGUUGAACGUUGCUUCUUUGGUUGCAGAGGAUGGAAUUAAUAGUGCUGCAGGGGUGUUGAUUAGGAAUGGCAGCACGGCACAAUUCGUCGGUGCAUCAUGCUUUAGUCCGAUACUACGCAGGGAGCCAGCUCUUCUGCUUGCAGCUGCUUGUUGCAAAGGGAUCAAAAUCGCUCUGUCCUAUCAACCAGCUAGUAUCACGCUGGAGUCCCAUCUGCUCCCUCUGCUCAACCCGCUAUACGCCUCUUCGGAUCAACCGCCAGAUGUAGUGCAGCUGAAAGAAUUCCUGAGCCAGGGAUACCCACAUUUCGUAGUCCGGGACAUUCCAGAAGAAUCCAAUCGUGCUGCUUGUGAGUUGGCUCUCAAUGUUUUGCACCUACGGGAGUCAUAUAUGUUCUUCAAUGAUCCGCCAGAAUGGCUUGUCCCUUACCUAGAUCAGUGA